AUGGAUUCCAAACUCAACUCCCUCCUGAAAUGGUCCACCGAGAACUCCUCUUCCGACCCUUCCUCAGCCCCCGCAAAACCAAUCGACCCCGCCGCGCUGUCCGCCCUCUUCGGCGGCCCCAGCGACGCCGACCUGAUGAAGAUGUCCAUGGCCGCCAUUCUUUCCUCCGACCCCGAGAUCACCCUCGAGGACAAACUAGUCGCCUUCGACAACUUCGAGCAACUAAUCGAAAACCUCGACAAUGCAAACAACAUUGAGGCUCUCGCCCUCUGGCCCUCUCUCCUAGGCACCCUCUCGGAUCCCGCACCCGACAUCCGCACUAUGGCCGCGUGGUGCAUCGGCACAGCGAUCCAGAACAACGCGAAGGCGCAGGAGCGCUGCCUCGCGCACGGCGGCAUCCCGCUGCUGGUACGGCUGGCGCGCGCGGAGGCCGAGGAAGUGGUCGUGAGGAGGAAGGCCGUGUAUGCGCUUAGCAGCGCAUGUAGGAAUUAUCAACCUGCCAUGGAUGUCCUGGUUGGGGAGUUGAGGGGCGAGGAAGUUGAGGGGAUGGAGUUAGGAGAGAAGGUGGAUGCGGCUGACAUGGGUGUCUGUGAUGGGAUUUUUGGGGCGCUGAGGGAUGCUGCUACUAAUUGUCGUGUCGUGGGGAAGAAUGCUUAG